CGAACGUGAUAGUUUGUUUACGUUCGGUGUAGCACCGCGAGGUUCUGGCAGUUGGUCCUGAGUUCAUCGCUCGUGCAGUGCCGCUAGGAAGAGUGCAGUGCCAGGAGGACGAGUGCAGUGCCAGGAGGACGAGUGCAGUGCCAGGAGGACGAGUGCAGUGCCAGGAGGACGAGUGCAGUGCCAGGAGGACGAGUGCAGUGCCAGGAGGACGAGUGCAGUGCCAGGAGGACGAGUGCAGUGCCAGGAGGACGAGUGCAGUACCAGGAGGACGAGUGCAGUGCCAGGAACAACCCUCGGGCAAGAACAAGAAUGUCGUGAAGAACAAGAAGCGGUCCAGUUUACCUUCAUGUAAUCCUUUGGUAUAGUUGGACAAGAAGAACCUUUAACCGGAUCAUCAGGAUGGGUGGUGGAGAUCUUAAUUUGAAGAAAUCAUGGCACCCCCAUACCAUGAAGAACCAGGAGAGGGUGUGGAAGGCAGAACAACAGAAAGCUGAAGAAGACCGUAAGGUGGCAGAACUUCAGCGAGAACUGAAGGAAGAGAGAGAGAGGGACGAGCUCAGAAAAACUGCAGAAGAUUCAGGAGCAGUUGAGAAAAAAGGAGAUGACAAGCUUGACUGGAUGUAUAAGGGUCCAGGAGGUCAUGUUAGUCGGGAAGAAUACUUACUAGGGCGUAAGAUUGACAAAGCCUUCGAACAGCUGGAUAAAUCCGAGUCUACCGCUGUUAACCCAUUAGAGGGCGAGGAGCCUCCACCCCAGCACAGCAGAGCACCAUACACCAUCGAACAUGAAAUCAAUCCCGAGUCUGUGAUCCAUCGUGAACCCAGCAGUGUCCAAGUUGACAUGCGACGGAAACUAAUGGAAGAUCCGCUUCUGCUCAUUCGUCAGAGGGAAGAAGAAACAAAACGACAAAUCACAAGCAAUCCUGUCAAGAUGAAACAGUUACAGCAAUUGAUAUCAACAAUUAGGUCAAAGAAAAAGAAAAAGAAAAGAUCAAGAAGCCGCAGCAGCAGCAGCAGCAGCUCUUCUGACUCGUCAGAUUCAUCUGAUGUCAGUUCUGAUUAUAAAUCAGAAAAGGAUAAAAGGGGAACAAAAAAGAAGACGAAAAAGAAGAAGAAGAUAGGACACAAAAGAAGGCACUCGGUAACAAGCAGUGAUUCCUCGGACGUCGACUCCACCUCCAGUUCUGAGGAAGAAAAGAAAAAAAGGAAGGUUAAAGCUAAGAAGGAAAAGAAGGCAAAGAAAAAUAAAAAACACGAUGUCAAAGAAAAGAAGAAGAAAAGCUCCAAGAAGACCAAGAAGAAAAAGAAGAAGAAAGAAGACAGUGAUGAUGACAGUGAUGAUAAGUUAAGCCCCAACAGAGAUAAGAAGCACCGACACAUGGAAGAGAAAAGGUGGGGAGAUAGGAGCAUAUCCAGACGUGAUAGAGAUGAAGCGAAAACAAAAGAUAGAGACAUGAAUCGCUCUCAAAAUAAAGAGUCACAGAGACAUAGGGCGAGAGAGAGUAGUAGGGACAAUGAAGGAAGGAGAGGGCAGGAUCAUAGAAGAGAGAGAAGCAGGGAUUAUAGAAGGGAAGGGAGUGCAGAGAGAGAAAGAUCAAGGGAAAAGAAAAUGGAAAAAAGAAAGGAAAGAGAUAAAAGUAAUGAUAGAGAGAGAAAGAGAAGGCAUAGUUCACCCAGACACCCUGGAAAUAAACGUGUAAGUAGAAGCAGGAGUAGGGAAAGAAGCAAAAGUAACGCAAGUAAAGCAAGAACAAGUAAACAAAGAUUAACGGAGGAGGAAAUGGAGAUAAAGAGGCAAGAGAUGAUGGAGGCGGCAAAGAAACGAGACGAGGAAAGGAAACAGAAUGUUCUGCGGUACGAAGAAGCAAGAAAGAAGGAAGAAAACAUGGAAGAAUCAGUGGAAAAGUUCAUGAGUUGCAGCUCUACGCCGUUACCUGCACGCCUCGACUUCUGUGGUUGUGGACGCGUUUUGGAUUAUCAGUUAUCUCAUCUUCGUGUUGAGGCAUGUGGGGUGGCCGCCUCCUUGGUACGUCCCUAUUUUACUCAUCUUUGGGACUCAACUGUUAAGUGCUUCUGGAGGGACCAUUGAGAACAGAGUCAAGUCUCGCGUUAGCUCGGUGCAGCGAGGAGGAGCGCACAUGGAGUCCAAUUUUGCUAGAAAGUAAAUGAUAAAUUUACAAAGCAUAUUGUGAAGGCAAUUAAAAAGAUUAUGAAAAAAUGUUAAUGUAUGGUGUAUAUUAUUUAUUCUUGUACAGUGUUGCCAGAGGAGUGACCACAAGCAGCUCACCACCCACUGUUGCCACAUAAUGCUUGCAUAUUAUUAUUUUACUAACCAAGCCAUUGAGAAUUAUAUAUAUAAUAAGUGUAUUUUUGGAGAUAAUUUUCCAGGUAGUCAUAUGACUCAAGUGUUUGAUAUUGAUUGUGUACAUCAUCUUCAGAUUUGAUCAUCUGCAAGUAAAACAAAUUUACAUUAUUUGUCUUCACAUAUGCAACAAUUUUUAUCAUUUUAACCUUAACAUUUCAUGUGUUUAUUUUAUUACAUUUUUAUUUAGCAUUGUGAUGUAAUGACAGAAAAGAGACUGUUGACAUAGCUAAUGUUGGUAGCAAUAACGUUUAAAUUCUGGCGUUUAAAAAGCUGUUUAGUCUUACAAAGAAUGACUUCUUAACAACUCUUUCCUGUGCUUUAUUAAUUUAUAUUUACCUGCAGUAGUAUCGGGCAUUCAAGCACAGGUGUUGAGGGGUCAGCAUCAUAUUAGGUUUAUUUUCUGAAGGAAAGAUUGUCAUGAAGAGUAAACUGUCCAAGACUAAGUUAACCUGAUACACUAUGGUGUUCGAGGAAUUCUAUUUACACCCUGCUACAUGGUCUUCCCGGCUUGGUGCUUUCUUUUGAUAAAUACUUGAUUUUAUUUACACCCAUGUGAGUUAUAGAACAGACAAGUAAUUACCAAAGGAAGCCACUAAGUCUUAUGGAACAAAUAAACAAAAUGUUUAACCCUAGGCAAGUUACUACGAAUCUGUGCAACAUUGUUACGUAUAUUAACACUUAGCUGGAAGGACUCUAGUAUGGACAGUGAUAUGGCACCACAUUUGGACGUGUCGAGUGUGUGUUGAUCAUGACACACUGAACAACUAUAAUUCACUGGUGUGCUUUUUAAAGUUUACAAUAAAUGUUAUGAUGAAGAA